AUGGCUAAACAAUCUAUGUCGGAAUAUCUGCUUUCGAGUCCUGGGAUAAGCGACCUUUAUGAACGAGCUACGCGAACGCAGUUCCUCAGCCUUGCUGGUCAGGGUCAACUUCCCCCAGACGUGCUCUGCCAGUGGUUAUCCCAAGAUCGGCUCUAUGCUGAGGCUUAUAUUCGCUUUGCGGGGGGAUUGAUAUCUCGCGUUCAGCUACCGAUCAGGGUAGAUGAGCAGGACACCUCAAAGACGCUACAAUGGCGAAUUUUGUCAUUACUGCAGACUGCUAUGUUGGGAGUCACGAGGGAACUAAAGUUUUUCGAAGAGACUGCUAAGAAAUACGGGCUGGACCUCGAAGCUCUCGGACCUGAGGCGGGAGGAAGUAACCUAUCACAUAAAUCGGCUAUAUUCGGGCCUAACAAAGCAACGAAGAACUAUAUCGACUUAUUCGACUCAUUCUCUGCGAGACCUAACGGGGAUUUGUCCAAGACUCUCCUAGAUGGGCUCGUGGUACUCUGGACUACGGAGAAGGUGUAUCUGGACUCCUGGACCUAUGCAAAGCAACAGGCUUCAGAGAAUGUAGAUACGAAGGGGGAUCUUGAUAGCGGGGCCUUAAGAAAGGAGUUCAUCCCUAACUGGACCUCUGAGGAGUUCCAAGCUUUUGUGAAGGAGUGUCAAGAGUGCCUGGAUGCUUAUGCUGUUAGUCAGGAUGAGGAUACGGAAGAAGUCAUCGCGGCAGGCUCUAUGGUAAUUUUCAAGAAAGUCUUGGUGCUGGAAGAGUCGUUCUGGCCGAUGGUAGCUUGA